GGGAAAAUAUGAAAAUGCACACUUUUCAGAUACCAUUUAAGCCCCCACUAUCACUGUGCAGUCCUUUUCUGAGACGAGCGUACAACGCCAACUGCAACCGCAGCAAUCAAUCGUUCACUUCCACAACUCCUAAACUACUGCCCUGCACAUGAGGCUACUCUGUACUGCUUUUGCGACAACCAGAGUACUUGCAUUCUCCAAUGGAGACUAGGACGGACAUAAACGUGACCAACAAAUCCCCAUCUUUUGGCUCUCUUCUUCAGUGGAGCCAAUGGCAAUUGCUGGAUUCUAUUCUCCCAACAGGUGGCUUUGCUCAUUCUUUCGGUCUCGAGGCAGCAGUUCAAGCUCGUAUAGUCUCUGGUCCUGAAGAUCUACGUACUUACGUGAUCCACUUGUUGGAAAAUACAGGUAGCCUUCUUCUUCCAUUCAUUUAUUCUGGAACCAUCUCUCCCGAUAUGCAAACCUGGCAUAGACUAGACAAAAUGUUGGAAGCGACACUGACAAAUGAAGUGGGUCGUAAGGCAUCGAUUUCACAAGGAUCAGCACUUAUGAGAGUGGCUUCGGCUGUAUUUUCAGAAAUCCCGUCUCUGAAGAUAAUGAGAGAAACAUCUUUAGCUACUGGCAGUGUUGCUUUCCACCACGCUCCCAUUUUUGGGCUCGUAUGUGGACUUCUUGGAUUUGAUUGUGAAAUUUCCCAGAAGGCUUACAUGUUUAUAACGAUGAGAGAUAUAAUCUCUGCUGCCACUAGGCUAAAUUUGGUUGGCCCGUUAGGUGCAGCCGUAUUGCAGCAUCAGAUUGCCCUUGUUGCGGAAGAUUUGUCAAACAAAUGGAUGAACCGUAAGGUUGAGGACGCGUGUCAAACGGCCCCUUUACUUGAUACAGUGCAGGGUUGCCAUGGAUACUUAUUUUCUAGGUUGUUCAGUUCUUGAAUGGCUGGAAUAAGGUGUAUGAACAAUUUUCAUGGUCUAAGAGCUACUGCUAGCGCCCUCUUGGAUUCAAAGCAAAUCGUUUUGAGUUUUAGCCUAAACCAAUAGACGAUUUGUUGAACAAAUGAUGAAUAUUUUCUUAGCAUCUCAAAUAUCUGAUUACUUUGGUUGAUUUGAUUUUGUUAUGUAACAAAAAGAUACUCAGAAGCAUGUUGUUGUUUUCUCUCACAUAUGCGCAUAUACACAAUUUGAUGGUUGAAAAUUGAUAUGAAAAGCUUCAUAUUUUAUAA